GGGAUUGGCAGUCUUGGUCUUAUGUUCGCUAGGUGCUUCAAAGCUGAAGUUUCAUCAGUUUCGUGUUUAACGUACAACCAGGUGUGAGAGGGUAAAUAUUCUUUAAAUCAUAAUGGCGAAAGCACAUAGUCCAACACGUUUCAAUGCAGAAUCAGAUAACUUUUACGAUCCAAACUUUACUCUGGAUAUUAAUACACGAAUGCGAGUCCCAAAAAGCAUUCGUGUAAAUGGAGAUUAUGACGAAGGCAACACAAUGGCAAAUGGAUCAGUAUGGAAUCAAACAUCUACCAUAGAGAAAAUUGAAAUGCAUGUGCCAGAUAGGAUUCUUGCUGUUGGUCAAGAACAACAUGUUGGUACAAAAGCGCCGCCAUUAGAAAUAGCUGUAGAAAAUGCUGUCAUGUCUCCUGAACCUAGCGUUGUUAGAUUACAAACUCCUCCAAGAAUCCUUACAUUGGACAGCCAUUACUUUCCAGCAGCAGCAGCAGCAGAAGAAGAAGAAGAAUCAACUAUAUGUGAAAACAGAGAAAUAGCACCUAAAACAUACAAUGCUGAAACACAGAUUGUGAGACAUGUCAGAGAACCAACACCUUAUAAUGUCCUCGAUGUUUCUUUGCCACCCAGUGAAGAAGUGCAGCAUUUACGUCGCCAAGUAGGUAAAUUGAAUCGUAGGGUCAUGGCACUUGAGCUAGAACUAAUGCAUCGCCAACAGAAAGAAAAGAUCUUGUACAUAGCUACCAUAGCAUAUUUUUUAUUGAAGGCUUUUUCCUGGUUAAGUAGGAACUGAAUAAAAGAUGAAAAAAGGUGAGACAUGUCAGGAAUUGUUCUUUGGUAAGAAAUAACAAUUAACAAUGGUGAACCAUUCUUGCUAUAUGAAAGUAUAACCAAAGACAACAGUCUCAUUAUUAAAUUAAGCAGGACAACAGUAAUCGCAUAUAUGAUACAAAAUAGAAAUAGAUACGUGUGAGCGUUUUUUUUUUCUAUUAUGCAAUUAUAUAACACAACCACAUACUUUAUUGUGGCAAUUUACCAUCCAUGCCAUAUUUAGAGUAAAAGUUUCAUGUAAUUUUAAGACAUGUAUGUACUGUACUAGAUUUGACAAUAUAUGUAUUAUUAUUCAUGUA